AUGGAUGCUGAAGCCCUAUCCCUACCCCCUGUCCUCGCCGCGCCGCGCCGCGGGGCUUUCAACCGCUACACCUGCCUCUUGCCCAGAGCCUUCCAUCCCACCCAGCUGGGGGAGCGCGGGCGGGGCCAAGGGCGGGCAGGCCCGCGGCCGCCGGUCAGCUUGGAUCCGCGCGUCUCCAUCUACAGCGCUCGCCGCCCGCUGCUGGCGCGCACCCACGUCCAGGGCCGCGUCUACAACUUCCUCGAGCGCCCCACGGGCUGGAAGUGUUUCGUCUACCACUUCACUGUCUUCCUCAUCGUCCUCGUCUGCCUCAUCUUCAGCGUGUUGUCCACCAUUGAGCAGUACGUCGCCCUGGCCACAGGGACCCUCUUCUGGAUGGAGAUUGUCCUGGUGGUGUUCUUCGGCACAGAAUACGUGGUGCGCCUCUGGUCAGCUGGCUGCCGCAGCAAAUAUGUGGGUGUCUGGGGGCGUCUACGUUUCGCCCGGAAACCCAUUUCCAUCAUUGACCUCAUUGUGGUUGUGGCCUCCAUGGUGGUCCUCUGUGUGGGCUCCAAAGGACAGGUGUUUGCCACCUCAGCCAUCAGGGGCAUCCGCUUCCUGCAGAUACUAAGGAUGUUGCAUGUUGACCGCCAGGGCGGCACCUGGAGGCUGUUGGGUUCAGUGGUCUUCAUCCACCGGCAGGAACUGAUCACCACGCUAUACAUCGGCUUCCUGGGCCUGAUCUUUUCCUCCUACUUCGUGUACUUGGCUGAAAAGGAUGCGGUGAAUGAGUCGGGCCGCGUGGAGUUCGGCAGCUACGCGGACGCGCUUUGGUGGGGCGUGGUCACGGUCACCACCAUUGGCUACGGGGACAAGGUGCCCCAGACGUGGAUUGGCAAGACCAUUGCCUCCUGCUUCUCCGUCUUUGCCAUCUCCUUCUUUGCACUCCCUGCGGGCAUCCUCGGCUCUGGGUUUGCCCUGAAAGUCCAGCAGAAGCAGCGGCAGAAACACUUCAACCGGCAGAUCCCAGCAGCUGCCUCACUCAUUCAGACAGCAUGGAGGUGCUAUGCAGCCGAGAACCGCGACUCCUCUACCUGGAAGAUCUACGUGCGGAAGCCCACCCGUAGCCACAUGCUGCUCUCCCCCAGCCCCAAGCCCAAGAAAUCCGUCAUGGUCAAGAAGAAGAAGUUCAAAGUGGACCGGGACAAUGGGGUGAGCCCCAGCGGGGAGAAGACCCUCACCAUCCCGCACAUCACCUGUGACCCAGCCACUGAAGAGCGCAAAACUGACCACGUGUCCCUGGACAGCUACGACCCUCCUGUGAAGAAGAGCCCCACGCUGCUGGACGUGAGUGUACCCCACUUCAUGCGGACUAACAGCUUCGCAGAAGAUCUGGACCUAGAGGGGGAGACUCUGCUGACGCCCAUCACCCACAUCUCUCAGCUCCGGGAACAUCAUCGGAUCACCAUCAAAGUCAUCCGACGAAUGCAGUAUUUCGUGGCCAAGAAGAGGUUUCAGCAAGCUCGGAAGCCAUAUGAUGUGCGUGAUGUCAUAGAGCAGUACUCACAGGGUCACCUCAACCUCAUGGUGCGCAUAAAGGAGCUACAGAGAAGGCUAGACCAGUCCAUUGGAAAGCCUUCCCUCUUCAUCUCCGUCUCAGAAAAGAACAAAGACCGCGGCAACAACACAAUUGGCGCCCGCCUGAACCGGGUGGAAGACAAGGUGACACAGCUGGACCAGAGGUUGGUUCUCAUAACAGACAUGCUCCACCAGCUGCUUGUCCUGCACUCCGGAGGACCCCCCGGAGGAGGCGGCAACCAAGCCACCCAGCUCAGCAGCGGUGGCUCCCUCAACCCUGAGCUCUUCCUGCCUAGCAACUCCCUGCCCACCUAUGAACAACUGACCGUGCCCCGCAGGGUCGCCGAUGAGGGGUCCUGA